AGUCGCUAACGAGCUGCUCACAGCUCGCCGCCAAGGAAGCUGCGGCAGCGACCGGAGCUCCCUGCUGCCGGGUCCCCAUGCAGCGGCUGAGGGGGUCGUCUCGGGGCCCCUGCAGGAACAGCGGCGUCGGGCAGCGCCCAUGACUUGGACUAGCAGCAUGAGCAGCGGCUACAGCAGCUGGGAAGAGUCGGAGUCCGAGGAGUUUUUCUUCACCGCCCGCACGUCUUUUUUCAGGAGUCCCCUCGGCAAAGCCAAGCAAAGUCUGCAGGAUGUUCAGAAAGAGAAGGAAACGCAUAGUUACCUCACCAAAGAAGCAAUCAAGGAAAAAAUCCAAAUUUACAAUUCAGAUGUUACUGACAAGCUAAAGAUGACCUUGAACUCCAAUGGGGUGUACACUGGCUUUAUCAAAGUUCAAAUGGAAUUGUGCAGGCCUAUCACGGUACGGGCUUCUGUGAAUCCAGGGAACCACAUCAUGAAUGACGAGACGGCUUUUUACUUACCUAAAGGCUAUAUGAAUACCCUUCACAUCAGCAGCAGUAAUACUGUCCGUGAAGUUAUCGAAGCUCUGCUCAAAAAGUUUUUGGUGGCUGAUAAUCCUGCUAAGUUUGCACUUUACAAGCGUUGCCACAGGGAAGACCAAGUUUAUAUGUGCAAGCUUUCAGAAAUGGAACAUCCCCUCUAUUUGCGGUUGGUGGCAGGCCCAAGAACAGAUAUGCUUAGUUUUGUUCUGCGUGAGCAUGAAACUGGAGAGGUUUUGUGGGAAGCCUUUAGCCUACCUGAACUGCAUAACUUCUUGCGUAUACUGGACAGAGAAGAAGAUGAACAAUUGCAGAACUUAAAAAGGCGCUAUGCAGCAUACAGAGACAAACUUGAAGAAGCCCUUAGUGGGGUUUGGCAGCCAGGUUAAAAUGGGGCCAAAGAACACUCAGGAAAAAUGUCAUUACCAAAUACUGGCAAGGGUGGUUGCCUCUUUAAAACACGUGAUCAUUUUGUGAGGCCAAGAGAGAACAUUUCCAAAGAAGAGGUCCGAGGAAUCACGUUCUUAUUUUGCAUAUAGACACAGAGAGAAGUGGCAUUAUAUGUUACUUGCAGAUCUCUCUCUCAUGUUUUUUGUGUCUUUCCCAGGUUUCUUUGUACUCACUGUGAUUGUGUGAUGCAUCUUUGAAAAUAGACAGCAUGAAACAGAUAUUAUUUGCUUUAAUGU